CUGGACGAAAUAUCUAUUGAGCAUCUCAGCCUGGGGUCCAAGCGGUACAGUCUCGUCAUUGGAAUCGCGUUGCAUCCUUCCUUUGAACCACGGGACUCGGAAGUAGAAGUGGGAAUCCUUCACUUCUCUAUCUCAUUUCAUGUACGAGACUGUACGAUAGCAUUGAUCUGUGGUUCGGACAAGGCUUAGUCCUGGUCGAGUCCCUGCAUCUUACGAAAAAUGAUAACCCCGUAUGCUUACUCGCUGCUCUGCCGAUUACUGUCAGUGGCGCUUGUCCUUUCUGGACUUGUGGACCAUGCAUUAGGUGGAUUUCCACCAUCAGCUGCCGAUUCGGACAUAAAGACCAUCCGUUCUCCAGUGGAUGGCAACAUCACAAUAAGAUACAAGUCACCACCUGUAGGGACAUGUAUGACUGUGUUCUCCACCCAAAAACAGUACACGGGCUAUGUCCACCUCCCACCAUUCACCCUGGCCCCGGUACAGCAGAACUACUCGAUAAACACCUUCUUCUGGUUUGUCGAGGCAAGAGAGUCUCCCGAAACGGCUCCCCUAACCAUCUACAUCAAUGGUGGUCCUGGCAGUAGUAGCAUGGUAGGAAUGUUCCAGGAGGUGGGACCCUGUGAAGUCGUCGAAAUCAGCAAAGACAAGCUGGGUACGCAAGCACGGGAAUGGGGCUGGGACAGAAGUUCCAAUAUUCUCUUCAUUGAUCAGCCGAAUCAAGUUGGAUUCUCCUAUGACAAGCUGACGAACGGCUCUUUGGACCUUUUGUCGUCAAACUAUUCGUUUCCUCCAGCUGAUGUUCCGCCAGGGCAGCCUGCGUACACAUUCCUGAAUGGCACCUUCAGCUCCAAUAAUCCAGCAAAUACUGCUAAUACGACCGCUAUCGCAGCACGGGCAGUCUGGCAUAUGUUGCAAGGGUUUCUGGGCGCCUUCCCGCAGUAUAAUCCUGGUUUACGUGCGAAUGAGACUCAGAACGGGCCCGUUGGUAUCAACCUGUUUACCGAGAGCUAUGGCGGGAAAUAUGGUCCUGCUUUCGCUGAGUAUUGGGAGGAGCAAAACGACAAGUUGAAAAAUGGCACCCUGCCUCAGAAUGGGACACUGGAGAUCCAUCUUGUAUCGUUAGGUAUCAUGCAGGGCUGCAUAGACGAUCUCGUUCAAGGUCCUUUCUACCCGCGAUUUGCUUAUGAAAAUUCCUACGGGAUUCAAGCAAUUUCUCUUGCGGACCAGCAGGAGGCGGCAUCUGCGUUCGUUGCAGAAGGUGGCUGUCAGCAGCGGAUUGAAUCCUGUCGGGCUGCAGUGGCGUCCAUGGACCCUGAAGGAGAUGGCGACAACAGCGUCGCUAACCGGAUCUGCGCCGACGCUCAGCAAUAUUGCAAUGACAAUAUCGUGGGAUAUUACUCCCAGUCUGGACUCAGCGUCUACGAUAUUUCCCAGGCAGUUUUAGACCCCUUUCCGUCUAAUACAUACCUUGAAUAUCUCAACUCAGAAGCAGUGCAGUCUGCGAUUGGUGUGCCUGUGAACUUCACCUCCACAAGCAAUGCAGUUGCCACUGCUUUUCAGCAAACAGGCGACUACGAUCGAGGUGGUCAGAUCUCCGAUUUGGCUUCCCUACUGGAGAGGGGCGUUCGUGUGGCUCUUAUUUAUGGCGAUAGAGACUACAUCUGCAACUGGGAAGGUGGUGAAGCCAUCUCCUUCUCUGUAGCUGCUGCUUUGUCGUCUUAUCUGUCGCCUUUUAAUCUCGCCGGAUACGCACCUAUUGUCACGAAUACAAGCUAUGUUGGAGGUGUGGUGAGACAGGUCGCAAACUUCUCCUUUUCCCGCAUCUAUGAUGCAGGGCAUCUGAUCCCAGCUUACCAACCCGAGACCCUAUUCACACUAUUCACCCGGAUUAUCCUCGGCUCAGACCUUUCGUCUGGUGAGCCUGUGGACCUGUCUACUUUCCGGACGGAUGGCUACGCCAAUGCAACCGCCACCAAUACCGCACCCGCGAAGGCCAGUCCGACAUGCUAUCUGCGCAGCGUGGAGGACACAUGUGAUAGCACGCAAAUAGACAUGCUGGAAUCCGGUCAUGGUGUUAUCAUCAACGGGAUCCUAUACAAGGAGGAAUCCGACUGGAAGUCACCAACGAGUGGCGCCAAAGACAGCGAAGGAGACAGCGAACCUAUCGGUGUCCCAGGCACCGCAUCAAUUACCAUUGGCCCAAGUUCAACGAACGAGCCUAGCAGCGAUACAGAUCGCGGUUCUCAUCACGGCAGCACAACUACGACAACACCUGCAACUGGCGUCUUCACCGCAACCAGUACACCAUCCAUGGUCGGCCAACGAGCAGCAGCCAAUUCUAUCAUCAUAAAAAUCCCUUCCCGAUCGUAUAUAUUUCUGAUUAUGUGGAUGUCUUAUCUACUCCAGAUCAUAUUGUGACCUUGAACCUAUCCCUCGCUAGCGUUGCAUGGAGAAGCAGAGCGCAAAGGGACUGGGAAAAGCACAGAAUAUAAAAGCACAAAUAAUUGUAGGCAACGAAAGCGUGAUUCUUGUACAGCAUAUGGAGUUAUU